GCGCUCAGCUUCACGGCUUGUUUCACGCCACCACCACCACCACCACCCCUACCACCGGCCUAGUGGCCUGUACUAGCCUGUACUACUAUCACUCGGUCUGAAUGCACCUGCUGCAUGCUUGAAUGCGCUUGAUGUAGUCUCGUAGGAGGAGGAUCGCAGCACCCAAAGAGAAUAUCGUCUCAGCUGGUACAACACUUCUCCUAGUCGCGGUUGCUUCAGACCCUCAAAUCACAGUGCAUUCAUGGCAUACCUUCUACCGUUUCACAAGUCUCUGCUUGAAAAGAUACAUGACCCCUCGACGAGUGAGCUUGUCCUCCUGGCCAGGGGCCUCGGCCUGCGGAGGGUCGUCUGCAAGUUGCUGCAGAUAUACGACGCGCCCACAAACCUUAUACUUCUCGUGAAUGCUACGCCCGAAGACGAGUCGGCUAUCGGUGAGGAGCUGGGUAUACUGGGAUGUCGGAAGCCGGGGCUGCGUAUUGUUGGGUUUGAACAGGGAAAGAAGGAAAGACAGGACAUGUACAAGAGAGGCGGAUUACUGUCUAUAACAUCGCGCAUCUUUACCGUGGACAUGCUGUCCUCAGACAUCCCUACCAAGAUGAUAACGGGCAUCAUCAUGCUGCACGCAGAGAAAGUCACACCGACAUCUUCUGAGGCAUUCAUUGUCCGACUAUACCGCGAGAAGAACACCACGGGCUUCCUCAAAGCAUUCUCCGAUCAACCUGAGCAUAUAACGAGCGGAAUGUCCCCGCUGCGCACCAUACUGAAAGAGUCUCAACUACGAACGGUCCACAUUUAUCCUAGGUUCCAUGCCGAAGUCAAAGAGUCGCUCGACGUGAAGCGGCCGGACCUCGUCGAGCUUCACCAGAACAUGACUGAGUCGAUGAGCGAGAUCCACCACGCCAUUGUGCAGUGCAUGACGACAACCCUCUCUGAUCUCAAGCGGGCGAAUACCUCUCUGGACUUGGACGACUUGAACAUGGAUAACGCAUACUUCAAGUCGUUCGACAUGAUCGUCCGCCGCAUGCUCGACCCUGUGUGGCACAAAGUCGGGCCGCGCACGAAGCAGCUCGUCGGAGACCUCGCUGUGUUGCGACGCAUGCUCACCUACUUGCUAACAUAUGAUGCGAUUGCAUUCCAAGGCUUCAUCGACACACUCAUCGCUUCGAACACUACCACAGACGCGGGCACCACGCGCCAGAACCAGUCGCCCUGGAUGCUCACUGACGCCGCAAACAUCAUCUUCCAGUACGCAAAGCGCCGGUGUUACACAGUGAACACUGUCGCGAGGAAGGCACAGGCGCCCGCUCCCGACCCGUACGAGGACGAGGAUGCGUGGGAGGCGCUGUACGAGAUGGAGGGGAACGUGCCGAAUGCGGUCGGCGGUACGCGUGCGGCCAAUAAGCAGGCGUCGGGUUCGAAACGACCGUCCUGGCUACCGGACGGGAUGGAACCCGUUCUCGACGAACAACCAAAGCUCAGCUUGCUCGCGGAUGUGCUCCAGGAGAUUGAAGAGGAGAUGAUGCGGCUCGAAUCCAAGCUCAGUUCCCUGACCCCAGGGACGACCACUGUCCUCGUGAUGACCUCAUCCACGCGUACGUGUGAGCUCGUGAGCGAAUUCUUGUCGAUGAUGGACUACGACGCACCGCGCGGGUCGCAGGGCCGCCGGAUGAUGGAGAAGAAGUUGAAGGGAUACCUCUGGUGGAAGGGGGAGCUGAACAGGCGCAAGCAGCACGCCAAAGGCUUGCCCGUGCCGGCAAUUGCUCGGACUGCCAGUGGGGCAAAGGACAGUGGUGAUGCGGGUGUGAGCGAGGCACUGAGGAGGAAGGACCGGGAAACGAGGGAGCGGCUGGCGAAUCGCAGGCGGGUGCGGGGCGGCGCACCUCCUCAACCGUCUUCGGGGAGGGAGAAGUCUGUUGCGCCGGCGGGCGCGUCCGGGGAUCCAAUCGAGGUGCUGGACGAUGCGGAGAGCAUAGCUGCAUUCUUGUCCACACAAGGCGUUGCGCCGGAGUAUCAAGCCGCAGAAGAUAUCGCCUUGAUUGAUUUCACGACGGACUUCAAUGUGCACUACGGCCUGCUGGCGCCUGAACAGACUGUCGUGGUCAGACCGUACACGGAUGAUGGGGAUGACUUAGUACUGCGUGAAGUCCAGCCUAGGUUCAUCGUGAUGUUCGAGCCGAAUCUCGAAUUUAUUCGGCGCAUUGAGGUCUACAGGAACUCAAACCCUGGGCUUGGCGUUAGGGUGUACUUCAUGAUGUACCGGCUGAGCAGUGAAGAAGGGAAGUACUUGACUGGUCUUAGAAGAGAGAAAGAAUCCUUCGAGCGGCUCAUCAGGGAGCGAGGGUCGAUGCUCAUGCCCAUCAUGGAAGACCGGAAUGCAGGGCGAGCAGGAGAAGCGCUCAUCAAGACGAUCAGCUCGCGAGUCGCUGGCGGCAGGAAGGAGGUGUCUCUGGAGCCAUCGCGCGUUAUCGUCGAUCUUCGAGAAUUCCGCUCGUCUCUGCCCUCUCUGCUCCACGCCGCCAACCUUCUUGUCAUCCCAGCAACACUAACCGUUGGGGACUAUAUCCUGACACCAGACAUCUGCGUCGAGCGGAAGAGCAUUCCUGAUCUCGUGUCUAGUUUCAAUAGCGGCCGUCUAUACACACAGUGCGAGCUGAUGUCGGUCCAUUAUAAGCAACCCAUUCUCUUGAUUGAGUUUGAGGAGCACAAGUCUUUCUCCCUAGAGGCAGUCGCAGAUGUGAAGUCGUACGCGAAGGUCGACAAGUUUGCUAAGAAGAAACCAACGGGUGCUCCCAACUCCACGAACAGCGCUUCGGCGAGCAUCCAAGCCAAGCUUGUUCUGCUGACGCUCACCUUCCCUCGCCUGCGGAUCAUUUGGUCCUCGUCUCCGUACGCAACCGCGGACAUCUUCCGCGACCUGAAGGCAAACAGUCCCGAGCCAGACCCGACGAAGGCCAUCGUCGUCGGUGCGGAGGAGGAUCCAGACGCUGGUGCGGGUGUCAACGCAGUCGCGGAGGAGCUCGUGCAAUCCUUGCCCGGGAUCACCGCGAAGAACGUGAAACACGUUAUGAGCAAGGUGGAGAGUGUGUUGGAGCUGUGCGAGCUGAGUUUGGUGCAGAUGCAGGAGCUGCUGGGGGCGGAGCCUGGGAAGGCGUGUUGGGAUUUUAUCCAUUCUGGCGAACGCCAGAGAUGAUACAGAUGUCUUGCGCCGACCAAUAACUUACAUGUUCCAUAGAAGGCAAGCUAGGUCGACUGGAAGGUGAUGUACGCAAAGUCUAGACUUAUAACCACGUAACAAUCCUCUUACAAUCCGAUAUGGUGUAGUGGCUAA